UAGGCUAGGGAUUGUGCUGUUUCCGUAUCCGAACAACACGUUAUCGGCCAAUUUCUAAUUUGGCAUCUCAGUUUCCUUCACUCUCACUACAGCUUCGAGUUCAAAGGUUUUGUUUCUCUACGAUAAAAAAAAAAUGGCGGAUUCAUCGUCACUGUUGUACGAUCAGCUCAAGGUUGCUAAGCCGUUCUUCUUGUUGGCUGGUCCAAAUGUGAUCGAAUCUGAAGAACAUGUUCUUCGAAUGGCUAGAAGCAUUAAAGAUAUUGCCACAAAGCUUGGGUUGCCUCUGGUUUUUAAGUCAAGUUUUGAUAAAGCUAACAGAACUUCAUCAAAGUCAUUCCGAGGUCCUGGCAUGGCUGAGGGUCUGAAGAUUCUUGAGAAGGUGAAAGUAGCAUAUGAUCUACCAAUUGUUACUGACGUUCAUGAAUCGAGCCAGUGUGAAGCGGUCGGCAAGGUUGCAGAUAUUAUUCAGAUACCCGCAUUCUUAUGUCGCCAGACAGAUCUUCUGGUUGCGGCAGCCCAAUCUGGGAAAAUUAUCAAUAUAAAGAAGGGACAAUUUUGUGGUCACUCUGUCAUGAGAAACUCGGCCGAGAAGGUUAGACUCGCAGGGAAUCCAAAUGUGAUGGUUUGUGAAAGAGGAACCAUGUUUGGAUACAAUGAUUUAAUAGUAGAUCCACGAAAUUUGGAAUGGAUGAGGGAAGCUGAUUGUCCCGUUGUUGCUGAUAUAACUCAUUCAUUACAACAACCUGCAGGCAAGAAGUUAGAUGGUGGGGGUGUUGCUAGUGGAGGCCUUCGCGAAUUAAUACCAUGCAUAGCAAGAACCGCUGUAGCUGUUGGUGUCGAUGGAAUUUUCAUGGAGGUGCAUGAUGAUCCUUUAAGUGCACCAGUUGAUGGUCCAACACAAUGGCAUCUGCGUCAUCUAGAAGAGCUCAUUGCAAUCGCGAGUGUCUCAAAAGGGAAACAACAGUUCCAAAUGGACCUCACGCCUUAUCGUGAUUAGAAUCAAUGGGGUGUAUUAUCCAGGCAAGUAACUGAAAAAAAUCAAGGUCUCUGACUACAUUUUGGGUGUAACUACACCUUAAUAAAUAUUUCAAUCUUGUCCGAGCAAUACGCAUUAUAUUUGCUUGUCGGCAGUCGGCAAAAUACAUCUCCCCACAGGCCACAGCGACUAUUGUAUUUUCAAAGUAGCUGAUGUUGCCAAAUAUCAAAUGUCUUAAAGCUAAAAAAAAAAAAAAACAAUUGGAAGUUAACUUACUAAUUUACUAAAGUAUACAGAAGUUACGUUUUCUAUACAGUAUUUUAUAUUUGUACACAUAACAUAAGCUUUUUCUUUUGAACUUUCUAUAUAAUGCAUGGUUUCUUACUUUCUUUC